ACUCCUACGGGACCCUGGCGGCGAUAGGUGAACAUGAACGCGAUGACAAAUGUUUGUCGCCCGAUUCCGAGGACUCCUCCGUUGCCGUUAGCUCCCCGAGCCCAUCCGCCUCCUCCUCGAGCUCCACAGCCGAGAACAGCAGCUCGGACACAGAGAACACGCGACCUCACGAGAACGAGAACAGUAGCUCACGAGUAGGACCGCUGGAGAUCUCGAGCUUCAAGACGGAGCGCGUGGACGAGGUGGGGGAGGAGGAUGGCGAGAGCAAGUUCCCGGUGUGCAGCAUCCGCGAGGCCGUCUCGCAGGUCCUGAAGGGCUACGACUGGACACUCGUGCCCAUGCCGGUGCGCGCCAACGGCUCCGGUAAGAACUGGAGACCGCACGUGAAGAGGCCGAUGAACGCCUUCAUGGUGUGGGCUCAGGCCGCGCGCAGGAAACUGGCAGACCAAUACCCGCACCUGCACAACGCGGAACUCAGCAAGACACUCGGGAAACUCUGGAGGCUACUUAAUGACGUUGAGAAGCGUCCGUUCGUGGAGGAGGCGGAGCGUUUGCGAGUGCAGCAUAAGAGGGACCAUCCGGACUACAAGUACCAGCCGCGCCGACGCAAGAAUGCCAAGAAUGACACCGAGGACGCCGCCGCCACCGCCGCCGAGGACAACACACACACACUGACACACACACCAGCACACACACCAGCACACACACACACACACGCUCUCCUCUCCCCUGCAGUCAUCUACAAAGCCCUGCACGCCGACUCUGCUGCAGCCGGCCUGGACGACACACGUCCGCAGCCACAGGGACCCCCCACCCCUCCCACCACCCCCAAGGCGGAGCCUACGGAACCCAAGGCGGAGCCUAAGCGCAAAGGAACAGGCAGCCGGCUCGUCUCAUUGGCCCAGAGCGCCGCCCGUCAUCCCCUGGAGGACGAGGAAGAGAAGGAGGAGGAAGAGGAAGUGGACCUUAGCCAGCUCAGCAGCGACGUGAUUGGUCAGCUCAGUAGUGAUGUCAUCUCCCACAUGGACACGUUUGACGUGCGGGAGUUUGACCAGUACCUGCACCCCCACCCCUACCCCCACCCCCACCCGUUCGCGGCCAACGCUCUCUCCACACACUACACAUCACCAGCAGCAGCAGCAGCAGCCCUGCAACACGCGCUCGGCCCCCUAGGAGGCGGUAGUGAGCCACAGCAGCAGCAGCCUCUAUCCACCACCCCUAACUCUAGCUGUAUCUCUAGCGCCCUCCCCAGGCCUCCACACAUCAAGGUGGAGCAGCUGAGUCCAACACACCACAGCACGGAACAGCACAGCCCCAUAAACACAGGCACGCCCCCUCCCCAAUACACCUCGUUAUCAGCCACCUCGUUAGUAUUCAGCCCCGCCCACUUCACAUCCCAGACUCCUCCCCCUCCCCCCUACUCCGCCUCCCAGCGGGCGACAACCAACCCCUAUGACUUCCUGGUGCAGGGAGGCGGGACCUCCUACUACAGUAGCCUAUCACCUUCCUCCUCCUCGUCCCCGCGGAGCACCUCCGGCCUAUCGUACGCCUCCUUCAGCUUCCUUGACCCCGCCCAGCGGCCUGCCUACGCACCAAUCACUGGAGACGCAGCAGCAGGGGGCGUGGCAUCCUCUGCAGUGUCUUCAGCCAAUCAGCAGAUGUGGGGAGAUGUCAUCCUUGGCGGUCUCCCUGAUGUUCGCUGUGUCCUUGGCGGUCUCCCUGAUGCUCGCUGUGUCUUUCUCAAGUUUGUUUGA